UUCUGUCCUCUGCUUUGGGAGUGAGGUUGUGGUGCGGCCUCACCCGCCAUGUCGGAGAGCGCGGAGAGUUCCGCGGGGGCUCAUAGCUCUUCUGAGUCCUCCGUUCAGGGCUUUGCUGCUGCUGAGCAGCGGAUCGUUAAAAUUACGGUUAAGACUCCUAAGGAGAAGGAAGAGUUCUCUGUGCCCGAGACCAGCAGCAUCCAGCAGUUCAAGGAAGAAAUCUCUAAGCAUUUCAAGUCCCGUGCGGAUCAGCUUGUUUUGAUAUUUGCUGGAAAGAUUUUAAAAGAUCAAGAUACUUUGAUUCAGCAUGGGAUUCACGAUGGACUCACUGUUCACCUGGUCAUCAAAACGCAAAACAGGUCACAAGUUCAUCCAGGUCAACAAACAUACACCACUGGCAGUAUUGAUACCACAUCAAUAUCAAGCAGUAAUAUCUCAACACCAAUUUCAACAAAUAGCAACUCUUUUGGCUUGGGUGGCCUUGGAGGCCUGAGUAGCCUGGGAUUAAAUGCAUCAAACUUUUCAGAGUUACAGAAUCAGAUGCAACAACAACUUAUGUCCAACCCAGAAAUGAUGGUUCAGAUAAUGGAAAAUCCAUUUGUUCAGAGCAUGCUUUCAAAUCCUGACGUGAUGAGGCAGUUAAUUAUGGCUAACCCUCAAAUGCAGCAACUGAUACAGAGAAAUCCAGAAAUCGGUCACAUGCUAAAUAAUCCAGAUAUAAUGAGACAGACUCUAGAACUUGCUAGAAACCCUGCAAUGAUGCAGGAAAUUAUGCGAAACCAGGACCGAGCCUUGAGCAAUCUUGAAAGCAUACCAGGUGGCUACAAUGCCUUGCGACGUAUGUACACAGAUAUUCAGGAGCCAAUGUUGAAUGCAGCACAGGAACAGUUUGGAGGUAACCUGUUUGCUUCCUUAAUAAGCAAUGCAUCAUCGGGAGGGGACAGUCAACCAUCUCGUACAGAAAAUAGAGCUCCUUUACCAAAUCCCUGGGCUCCUCAGUCCAGUUCUCAAAGUUGCAUAAGUGCCAGCACCAGUGGUGAGAGCGGUGGCAGUAAUGUUGGAAGUAGCACCUCUGCUAGUAUGGGACAGAGCUCAACUAUACCAAAUUUGGAACCUGGACUAGGAGUUGGUAUGUUCAACACACCAGGAAUGCAGAGCUUGUUACAGCAGAUAACAGAAAAUCCACAACUUAUGCAAAAUAUGCUGUCUACACCCUAUAUGAGAAGCAUGAUGCAGUCAUUGAGCCAGAAUCCUGAUCUUGCAGUACAGAUGCAGAAUCCUGAUACAUUAUCAGCAAUGUCAAACCCUAGAGCAAUGCAGGCUUUGCUACAGAUUCAGCAGGGCUUGCAGACACUAGCAACAGAAGCACCGGGACUUAUACCAGGAUUCAAUCCUGAUUUAGGUGGACUGGGAAGCACUGGAGCUCUUACAGGGUCUACUGUACCUAGUUCUGUUCUCAGUGAAAAUACAAGUCCAACAUCAGGGAGUGUUGAAUCUGAUCACCAGCAGUUUGUUCAACAAAUGUUACAGGCACUUGCUGGUGCAAAUGCUCAGCAGUUACAAAAUCCAGAAGUUAGAUUUCAGCAACAACUGGAGCAGCUGACUGCAAUGGGCUUUUUGAACCAUGAAGCAAACUUACAAGCUCUCAUAGCAACAGGAGGAGAUAUCAGUGCAGCUAUUGAAAGGCUGCUUGGUGCUCAGCCUUCAUAGCAGUGUUUCUUUAACUUGAAAAUGUAAUUUAUUUUUUGAAAACAGCUCUUAAAUUGUUAAAAUAGUUUAUUUCAUUCUGGCUCUUGGGAUUGUCUUAUUAUAACUAAAAUCAGUCGUGUUUUAAGGUCAAGUGCAGUUGUUUUCUUCAAAUGGGGAAUUGAUGUAUUUUCACUCAGUUGUUGCAUGCACAUCACUUUUGUUCUUCAUUAUUUCUUAAUUUUUUGGAAAUGAUAUCAACUUUCACAGUUGGUUGAGCAGACUUUGUCUGACUUAAAACUGUCCAAUUUAUUUUCUACUAAACCAUUAGCCUUCAGUAGUAAUGUAUGUAGGAUAUGGUACAGGCUGGGGAUCGACCUGCUGGAGAGCAGCUCUGCAGAGAGAGACCUGGGCGUUCCUGAUUGAUAAUAAACCAAACAUGAACCAGCAAUGUGCCCUCUUGACCAAGAGGGCCAAUGGCAUCCUGGGAUGCCUCAAGAAGAGUGUGACCUGCAGGUCAAGGGAGGUUCUCCUCCUCCUCUACUCUGCCCUGGUGAGGCCUCAUCUGGAGUACUGUGUCCAGUUCUGGGCUCCUCAGCUCAAGAUAGACAGGGAAUUUCUGGAGUCCAGCACAGGGCCACAAAGAUGAUCAGGGGACUGGAGCAUCUUCCUUAUGAGGAAAGGCUACGGGAACUGGGGCUGUUUAGUCUAGAGAAGAGGAGAUUGAGGGAGGAUCUCAUUAAUAUUUACAAAUAUCUAAAUGGUAGAUGUCAGGAGGUUGGGGCAUCCCUUUUUUCUGGUGUAGCUAGCAACAGGACAAGGGGUAAUGGGAUGAAGCUGGAACACAAAAAGUUCCAUUUAAAUAUAAGAAAAAACUAUUUUGCUGUGAGAGUGACGGAGCAGUGGAACAGGCUGCCCAGAGGGGUUGUGGAGUCUCCUUCCUUGAAGGUCUUCAAGACCCGCCUGGAUAUGUUCCUAUGUGACCUGAUCUAGGUUGACCUGCUUCUGCAGGGAGGUUGGACUAGAUGAUCACUAAAGGUCUCUUCCAACCCUACCAUUCUAUGAUUCUAUGAUUCUGUGAUACAGAUUAAAACCAAAACAAUUGAAGGCUAUAAUUUGUAGGUACCAAUACUGCUUAUGGUGAUUUUGGCAUGUAUUUUUUUGCUAGCAAAAUUCUGUAAAAUCUAUACCACUUGAGUAAUUUACCAUUUUUGCUUUUAUUUGUAUGAAAUAGAAACACAACAUAUACAAUGGAGACAGUUUAUUUCUAUAAAUUUACACAUUGCAAUAGAAUUACAUUCUAAGUAACCAAAAAAGGCCAGGGAAAAAAAUAAGUAGUAAGACAUUUUUUUUAGUGUAGAAUCUUCCAACAUCUUUGGUAAACGUCUCAGAAAAAAUGCUUAUGCAAAUUCAUUUAAAUAUACUAGAAUUGCUGUUCUAGUUAUAUCUUCAUAGCUAGCCAUAAAGAAAAUUGCACUGUAACAUUGUCUCAUUGCAACAUUGUUAUAGAUUAAGUGUAAAUUACCUUUUUGCAAAUUAGAGGAGCACUGUCUUAUGCUCUGAAAGUGUUUCUGAGGCGUUUUGGCUUGUUCCAUUGAGAUUCUAACAUAUAUUAUGAUUUGUAAUUGAAAAUAUUGCUUUCAACCAUUGUCAUGUGAUAUUCUAAAUUACUUUUAACCACCGUGUAAAAAAAAUUCUGCAUAUCUCUUAAGUUUUUAUUAGUAGUUAUGUCUUGUGCACAGAUAAUAAAUGAAUUAAAAGUAUUUAAGCAUCUUGUUUUGGUGUGUUUGCAAUUGGUGAUUAUCCAGCAUCCAAGACAACUGAUCUUUCAGUGUUAACUCUAGGUCUAUUUACAGACUUUGGGCUAAGAUUAGCAAGCAAUAAUGUAGGGGACAGAGAGAAAGGGUCACAUGAUACUGAAGACUAUUUAGAUAAAGUGAAAGUAGCAAAAAAAGCAUUCUGCUGUAUGUUAAUAAAUAGCAUUUGCUUAGCAAUAGCAAAAGCCAGGUGUAUACCUCAUUUGUGGAGACAGGGCCUGGCCAGGUGUCCCGAAACAUGCACAAGGGGGACCUUGUUAUUUAGGGUCUUUAACAAUGCUAGCUCCAAGCAUGCAGAUUAUAAAAGGAUUACAGGCUAAUUAUACCCGAUCAAGGAGAGAUGUAUCCAUCUUAGGCCCCGAGUGUAAUGGUGAAGUACCCUUAUGGAGUCAUACUGCUCGAUUUUUUGGCUCUCUUAUACCUAUGCUUGGAACAGCUCAUGCAUUAUCCACUAUCGAGAGACGUGUUGGACGGCUAAACAAGCUAAUGUCACUACUGCAGUAUUAACACAGAUAGCACAAGAUACAGAUGGUCUUCGUCAGGCAGUGUUACAAAACCAAGCUGCUGUUGAUUAUCUGCUCUUAGCACAGGGAAAGGGAUGCGAAGAAGUUGAGGGCAUGUGUUGCUUCAAUCUAUCAGACCACAGUCCUUCCAUCCAUCAGCAGUUAAAAUGGCUGCGAGACCACACUUCUAAAAUAACAAAAUCACAACCCUUUUGAUGACUGGCUGAUGUCUUGCGGAAUUACUGCUUGGGCUAAGGAGUUAAUCAAAACUGCAGCGAUAAUCUUGUUGAUUCUUCUUGUUAUAUUGCUAUUAGGACCCUGCUUUGUACGUAUUAUAUCAUCACGAAUGACUAGCUUAGCUGAAGCAGUUUUUGAAAAAAGAGGGGGAGGUGUUGGGACUUUAGUAGGAGCCUUUGAGUUAAAGCCAGUGUACAAAAGAAUCUCUUAGGAGUACGUGCAGCGACCCAAGGACGGACGCUCUAACCUUGAGGGCUUAAGAAACAUAAACAAAGCCAUAAAACAUCUCAAAAGGAUGCACAAGAACAAGGGCUUUGAACAUCUGGAAGGUCGAUGUCCUGAUUACAAGAAUAUGCUAUACUAUUUUUGUUAACCAAUCAUUACUUGCUGGAACGCAUGCAAGGCUCAACCAAUCCCCUGCAUUUGUAAACCGCGUGCUUUCACUUGGCAAAGUAUAUAAGUGAUCAAAUAGAGAGAAUAAACGUCUAAGUUACAAAUCAUGUUGAUUUGCUGUCUGAUUCCUGCCUCUUCUGUCUCCCGGACGUUGACAGUGGGGGAAAAAGGGGAUCUUAAAGGGCUGGUUACACUUCCAUCAUUCGCCCUACUCUAUUGUUUUUCCAUUGGAUAUUUUCUGUUAUGUUUUGGUUGGAGGUGGAUUAAAUUAAGUU